AUUAUUUCGAUUUGAAUUUUGAAUGAAUUCUUUCAUAUUAUUCUAUGAAUGUGUUCUGGUGUGUAUAUCCCAUUUAUAGAUUCAAUUUUUUUUGCACUCAAUUGAUUUUACAUUCAAAAUUAUUGUCUGUUUGUGCAUCGAGUCGGUCUGUGUGUUGAAUUUAAUUAAAUUAUUAUUCUUUUUUUGGUCAAAUUAUUGUCAUUGAUUUAAGAUGCUUGAAUUGCAUCAAUCUACAUCAUCAUCAUCAUCUUCUUCUUCGUCAUCAUCUUCAUCGUUAUCAUUAUCACCACAUUCAUCAUUACGUUCAUUGUCAUCAUCAUCAUCAAAUUCUUCUAGUCCAAAUAUCAAUAGUCAAUCAUAUCCAACAACAACAAUAACAACAGCAACAAAUGCCAAUGGUCGAUUUGAUCCAUUAUUUUCAAUGAAACAUUUAACUAAUUUACAUGAUGUUGCCGUAGCGGCUGUAGCCGCUGUUAAUGGUAAACAUUCACAACAAAUUACGAUUCCAAAUUCACAUUAUCAUACACAUCAUUCAUUGAAUAAUUUUCUUACACAGACAACGCCCCCGUCAUUAUCAUCAUCAUCGGCGUCAAUGUCUGAUUUAUCUAAAUUAACAUUAACAAAUCAACAAUCAACAAUGGCUACAUUGAAUUCAUCAUUAUCGAUUGAUGAUAAUUGUAGUAAUAAUACAGCAACAAUAACAACUACGACAACGUCAUCAUCAUCCUCAUCAUCUUCAUCAUCAUCAUCAGGAACAUCACAUUUUAUUAAUGAUAUUCUCAAUAGGCCAGCUAAUUUAAUUGCCAAUAAUUCAUCAUCAUCAUUGACGACGAUGAAUAAUACGGCGACAACAACAGCAAUAUCAAAUACAGCUAAUAAUUCACCUGGAACAAUAUCAACAUCAUCGACAACAUUUAAUAAUGCACUAUCAGUGUCGAGUUCAUUACAGAAAUUUCCAUUGUCCGCUAAUAAUGUUUGUUUUAAUGCAGCGGCUGCAGCUGCUGCUGCCGCAGCCGUUGCUGCAAAUGGUUUUGGCAAUGGUGGUGUCAAUAGCGGUGGUAAUAAAAUCAAUCCAUUAAAUGAUCCAUUAUCUGGUCGUCAUAUUUAUUGGCCAACUGCUAUGGUACAGAAUUCAAAUUUAUGGCGUGAACGUUUUGCUAAUGCAGUAUCUCAAUCCUGUACGGAUAAAGAUGGUAAAAAGAAACAUACACGUCCAACAUUUUCCGGCCAUCAAAUUUAUGUAUUGGAAAAAACAUUUGAACAAACUAAAUAUCUGGCCGGUCCGGAACGAGCAAAAUUAGCCUAUGCAUUAGGAAUGUCCGAAAGUCAGGUUAAAGUUUGGUUCCAAAACCGUAGAACAAAAUGGCGAAAAAGACAUGCGGCCGAAUUAGCAACAGCAAAGAAAAAAAAUGCAGCUAAUAUGGCUGCAAAUGGCCGUACAGCAUUAUCAUCACCAACAGAAGAUGAUGAUGAUAAUGAUGAUGAUUAUUCAUCCGAUGAUGAUGAAGAAAUAAUUGAAACAAAUAAAAUGCUCAAAACAACAUCAACAUCUAAUGGUAAACGACAAAGUUUUUUUGCUGCCAGUUGAAUAAUAAUCGAACGCUAAUUACAUUCUCGUGCAAUAAAUAAUGAAAAUGAUGAAAACAACGAAAAAUAGGAUCGAAAAUAUUUUUCUAUUCAUGGAGCGCUUCCAUACAUAUACAACAAAAUCGUCAAUACAGAAUUCAUUUUGUGUAAACUUGUAAAAUAAUUUUUAUUUAUUAUUAUCACAAUAAUCACAGUAACCAAAAACGAAAAA